CGUAAUUUUCGACAUAAACCAUGAUAAUUUAAAUCAUGUAUUCACUCUAAAUUUAUUUUAUCAACAAUGUUGAGACGUUGAGAAGUGUUUUUGUCAUCUCAAUUUAUAUAUAGUUUUAGACAUUAAAAAGAGGUUAUAAAUCUAAUCAAGACUCGAAGCAAUAUUAUUAUUUUUUUAUUCCAGUUAUUAUAUGUAAUAUAAUAUAUCAGUUUUCUUUCUAAUUCUGUCAUAAAAACUUUUGAAAAUAUUUUAUUUAAGGGAAUGAGCAAAGGUUAUAAUUUCUAAGCUAAUAUGGACCACAGCUACGACGAAGAUGUAACACUCAAUCAGUUUUUGGUUUGUCUUUGCAAAUCUUCGGUAAAUACUUUUUAUCAAGCUGUUGAUAAUGGAUGGUUGAUAUGUGUUCCUAGAGAUGGAUCUUUUUCAAAAAAUACUUUUACAGUUAAAGAUUUUAAUGAUCACAUUUUAACACCUAGUAAGUGCACAGACUUCAAUUUUAUGACACUUAGUGGACAUAAUGUUUCUGUAAAUAAUAAAUCGAUUCAAUGUCAUCAUGACAAUCAAGUGACUGCAGUUGAUAUACUGUUUGUUGAAACCUGCUACACUGAAGAUAGUCAAAGUUACAAGAUUAUAUGCACAAAUGGGCCUUUAACGAGUGCUACUAUAACUCAAGAAAUAAUUAUUAUUCAAUCAACACAAGACUGUUUAAAUUUUUUGUAUUCUAAAAAUAAUAAAUCAUUGUUAAAAGACUUGAGGUAUUUAGUAGAUACAUUCUUGUUGACGUACAGUUUUUCUAAUAUGCAUAUAGACGAACAAAGAAAAACAGUUAAUAUUUUAUAUAAUAAAUGUUUGAGGAAAGCAUAUAGUAACUUCAAAUCGCCAAACAGUUUUUUUCAAGAUAAUAUUAAACUUGCAGUAGAAUACUAUGUUUAUAAUAGGGUAUACAAUAUCUUAAUAAGAAACAUAAACAUUUGUGUUGCAAAAGAUGACUCAAUUUUAAAUAAACUAAUUCAAAAUUACUCUAGCUUCCCACUCGAUUUAGAUGUUGAUAAAGAUAUUGAGGCUGUAAUACCUAAUGCUAGAUGUGAAUUGUCUAAGUUGUAUAUUCAUAGAACUAUUAUUGGAAAAUAUAAAUGUUUAAAAGACACAUUUUUGAAAUUGUCCAAUGGAAACAAUAAUUUCACCGUUGAUAAUCUUUUGAACGCCUUAGUCAAUCUUAUCAUUCAUUGUAAAAUACCAAAUUGGAGUGCUCAAAUUUAUUUCAUGAAAAAUUAUAUCAUGAGCAAUAAUAAAGAUUUUGAUGACAACUUUUACUUAACUUCUUUAGAAGCAGCUAUUGAACACAUAAAAACAUACAGUUUCAAUAUUGAUUUGUUUAUAACUGCUAACGAUUCAAAAUAUAGUCUAUUUUUCAACCACGUCCGAAGCGGAGACUAUCAAAAAGUCAAAAAAACCUUAGACCACAUAAAAAUAGAAACAUCCAGUUCAAUGUGUCAUCCUUUGUGUGAAUGUGAUUCAUGCAUUAAACAAGUUUAUAAAGAAUCUAUGAUUUGUGUUAAUUACAAAGAUGAUCAGGGACUCACGCCUCUUCAUAUAGCAGCAUUUUACGGACAUCCUCUUAUUGUUGAACUACUAUUACAGUAUGGAUCGGAUAUAAAUGCGUUGGAUAAUUUUUUACGGACGCCUGCCCAUUACGCUGCUCUAAGAGGACAGCAAAAUGCUUUAUUGUUUUUAUUGCACAAGAAAGCCUCGAUGAGCGGUGAUAACGAAGGUAACACUCCUUUACACCUUUGUUGUUCUAAUGGUCAAGAGUCUUGUGUGAAAGCUCUAUUAUAUUUUAUGGAAUUUUCUGAUUCGACGUUAGAUAUAAAUAUUCAAAACAAUCAAGGCAAUACACCACUGCAUUUGUGUUUCAAGUGGGGUUAUUCAAAUUUAGUCGACAUAUUGCUUGAGCAAACUGCUGACCCGUUAGUAUGUAAUCGUAGAGGUCAAACAUGCUUUGAUUGUGCUCAUAACUUUAAAAUGGUCGAGCAAUUUUCGGCUUAUAAGAAAAAAAGUAUCGAACGUGUAAGAAAGAGAAGCAUUGAAGUUACCCAACAACAACGAGUCAUAGACAAAAUACUGACAGCAAUAUCCGAUGGUGAUAUACGAUUGGCUCAGUACUAUUUAGGAAUUGACAACGAAAAUCAAUGUACAAAAAGAUGUGUCUAUGUAAACUGUGCAAAUAAUAAAGGUUACACUCCAUUACACGUCGCUGCAAUGCAUGGCCAAAAUGAUAUUGUCAAUAUGUUGAUAAAGCACGGAUCUGAUAUAAAUGCUGUAACAACGUCUGAACAGUUUACAGCGUUACAUUUAGCUGUACAACAUUCAAUGAAUGAGACUGUCAUUAUUCUAUUAAGUUCUGAAAAAUGUGAUGUCAACAAACAAGAUCAUUGUGGUAACAGUGUAUUACAUUACGCUUGUGCAAGUGGUAAUGCCAGUUUAGUGACGUUAAUUCAUAAAUAUGGUGCAGACUGGACAGUUAUAAACAAAUCAUUUACGAGUGCAUUAGACGUUUUAAACAAGAAUCCUGAGUUAAGGCAUUUAAUAUUUGGGUACAAUAUGAAAAAAUUACAUUGACCCAUUUACAUGCAAUUACAAUUGACAAAAUACAAAUACUUAAUUAAAAUCUUUUGGAAAUUGAAUAAAAUUAUACAAGUAAAUUUAUAUUAUUAGAUAUUUAAUAAAUAUAUUUUGUUAACCAAAAUGUAAUGAAAUCUAGUUGACAACUAAUGAAAUGGCACAAACAAAAUGUAUUUAUUUACUUCAAUAGUGUUCUAAACU